AUGCUCCAAGACUGCAAUCCCCAUGCCUCCCUGGACCUAAUCCACGAGAUGAACCUCCCCGUCCUCCCGGCGCAAUAUAUGAAGAUAGCCGCGGACACCAUGUUGCACCGACCCUUCGGAUCCAACGUUUCGCACCCGCGCAUUUCCAAGCUCUUGACAACCAGUAGCAAAAGGUACCACGCAUGGCUCAUCGCUGCCAUGAGCCCCUGGAAGAACCAGUCUCCGUUCCAAGCCUACAAUAAUAACACCCGCCGCUGCCAUAGCUAUAAAAGAGGCUCUAAGGUGUUCCAAUGGCGAGAGCGAAAAAAUAGCUAAAGUAUUCGCAAAUUGGAAGGUUAUCCAGAACAUGGUCAUCAACUUGGAGCACUGGAGCAGAGGCAGAACAGGGGUGGGGGAAAGAAGCGUAAUGGAUAAAUACGAAACCUUUCUAAAAACCAUUGCUGAGGAAGGCCUGGAAGAGGCUUUCAGUUUUAAGAUUUUCUUGAAAGUAUCACCCCCUCCUUUGUUUCUUCCCCUCCCCCCGUAAUAAUGGAGCAGUAGCCAAUAGAAGGGAUGGCCAGGGAGAUGUUAUGGCAGCAGAAUACACCCUAAUCAAAGGAGCUUAGAUGAAACCCGCUAUUGAGAAAUCCCUCCAACACCGGCUCGAAAAUCCACAGGAGGGCAAGGAUGAGCUGCUAGAGUGGGUCCGCCGGAGCCGGCAGGCGCUGUUGAAUGGGCUAGAGUAUGUUGGUGUUGGCAUGGGGAAGGGGGAGAAGACGGGAUGCGGUAGGAGGAAGUGA